CUCAGACUCUGCAGCAGACCGGGACCGGGACCCGGACCGCGCCGGGCGGAGGCUGCGGGUUCUCUCGGGCCAUCUGCUGGGCCGGCCCCAGGAGGCUCUGAGUACCAAUGAGUGCAAAGCGCGGAGAGCCGCCUCGGCGGCCACGGCGGCGCCCACGGCCACUCCCGCCGCGCCGGAGUCUGGCACCAUCCCCAAGAAGCGGCAAGAAGUUAUGAAGUGGAAUGGAUGGGGAUAUAAUGAUUCCAAGUUCUUCUUCAAUAAGAAGGGCCAAGUUGAGUUGACUGGGAAAAGGUACUCUCUUAGUGGCAUGAUUUUACCAACUUUUAAAGAAUGGAUCCAAAAUACCCUUGGAGUAAGUCUGGAGCAUAAAACUACCUCUAAAGCAUCCAUAAAUCCUAGUGAUACACCUCCUUCUGUUGUAAAUGAAGAUUUUCUUCGUGACCUUAAGGAAACUAAUAUUUCAUAUUCACAAGAAGCAGAUGAUCGAGUAUUUAGAGCUCAUGGUCAUUGUCUUCAUGAGAUAUUUUUGCUCAGGGAAGGGAUCUUUCAGCGAAUUCCUGAUAUAGUUUUGUGGCCAACAUGUCAUGAUGAUGUAGUUAAGAUUGUGAAUCUAGCGUGCAAAUAUAACCUUUGUAUCAUACCGAUUGGUGGAGGAACAAGUGUUUCGUAUGGACUGAUGUGUCCUGCAGAUGAGGCAAGAACAAUUAUUUCUUUGGACACUUCACAAAUGAAUCGAAUCCUCUGGAUUGAUGAGAACAAUCUGACAGUUCAUGUAGAGGCUGGCAUAACAGGACAAGAGUUGGAAAGACAG